AUGUCGUCUCCUCUCCCAAUCGUGAUCUGUGCCCUAGACUCCGGGAUCGGCAAGCCGGUCUCCGAACUCCUCCUCCCCGAAUUCGAAGUAACCCAUUUCAUGCAAAGCCUCUCAGCAGCACAAUCCGAAAUUCCCCACCUCCUCGCAGGCCGGGAUCCUCAAUCACCCCACAUCAACGACGUCGGCACGAAAGAUUACAGCCGGCCUGUGCGUGCAAUUAUCUUUGGUCGUGGGUUUGACUUGGAGGAUAUCGAGGCAUUGCGCAAGAAUGUCGCUAGCAUCUCGCAAGACCCGGUUCUGUGGAUCGCUGGUGACCCAAGUCGCAAGCCUCCUCCUGGUGCUGUUCCACCACCUAACUACCACCAGCUUGUUGCGGGAGUUGCGCGGAAAUUGCUCGGUGGGUGGAUCGAGGCUGGAGCUGCUAGUAAUGAGGUUGUUUUGUACUAA